UGAAAUUGCUUUUCCGUUCCCAGAAAGAGAGAGAUAGUGAAGAUUGAAAGCGAAGCGAUCAGUCAUUUUCGAAAUCAAAAUCCUUCUCUCCUCUCCCAUUUCAGUUUGUUCUUCAAAAUCUCCGGCGGAAGCUUAACAACUCCAUUCCCUUUGCCCCAUGCAGCCUUCAGAUUUUCUCCUUUUCAGGUUCGUCCUCUGAUUCCCCACCUAGGGUUUUAAUUCCACCUUCAAUCCCAUGAGCAUCUCUUUUGCGCUGCCAUAACAAGAUGCACUCGCCCAACAAGAGCCCUUUAGCUUCUCCGACCAGCUCCCGCUCUGUUACUGAGACUGUUAAUGGCUCCCAUAACUUUGUGAUCAAGGGUUAUUCUCUCGCCAAGGGGAUCGGCGUGGGAAAGCAUAUUGCCAGCGAGAAUUUUACCGUCGGAGGUUAUCAGUGGGCCAUAUACUUCUAUCCUGACGGCAAGAAUCCUGAGGAUAAUUCGGCUUAUGUGUCAGUGUUUAUUGCCUUGGCGAGCGAGGGCACUGAUGUGCGUGCCUUGUUUGAACUGACUUUGGUGGACCAGAGUGGUGAUGGUAAGCACAAGGUGCAUAGUCAUUUCGAUCGCUCCCUCGAGAGUGGGCCUUAUACGCUCAAGUACAGAGGUAGCAUGUGGGGCUACAAGCGCUUCUUCAGAAGGACUUCACUUGAAACAUCGGUUUUCCUGAAGGAUGAUUGCUUGAAAAUAAAUUGCACUGUUGGUGUUGUUGUGUCUGGAAUAGACAGCUCAAGACUACACUCCAUUCAUGUCCCUGAAUCUGAUAUUGGAGAUCAUUUUGGCACAUUGCUGGAAAAUGAGGAGGGUUCAGAUGUCACCUUCAUUGUCUCUGGGGAAAAGUUUUGUGCUCACAAGCUAGUAUUGGCUGCUCGUUCUCCUGUUUUCGAGAAUGAUUUUGUCAACAUGAUGGAAGAGGAUAAUGAUGAAAUUCUUAUAACAGAAAUGGAACCUAGGGUUUUUAAGGCUUUGCUGCAUUUCAUUUAUAGGGAUACUCUCCCAGAAGAUGAUGAAUUCUUGGAAGCAAGCUCAUCUUCAGUUCCGUCCCUAUCUGAUUCAUUGCCUGCAAAAUUGUUGGCUGCUGCUGAUAAAUAUGAUUUGCCGAGACUCAGAUUGAUGUGUGAAUCUGUACUCUGCAAGGACAUAUCCGUGAACUCUGUAUCCCAUAUUCUGGCCCUUGCUGACCUCUAUCAUGCUGCUGAUUUGAAGUCUGUUUGCCUAAAAUUUACUGCAGAAAACCUAGUCGGUGACAUGGGCGACAUUUUACGUCUCUAAUUCCAGGAUUGUGCCAGUGUGCUCAGCUGUUUUAUCUUUGUCACAUCUUACAAUCAGUUGAAGACACUUGUGAUUGUUGGUGUGCAUCUUCUUGAAUAAAAUACUACAGAUGGUUGCUUGAUGAAUGAAACCACAGUUUUUUUUUUGUUUGUGUUUUUCUACUUUCUAGAACUCGUUAAUAAUAUAGGAUUUGAACUGAUGAUUGGAUUUUAGAAUGCAGUGUUGUCCGCCUAAAUUUUUGCCUUUUAUGUAAGGAAAUCACAGGUUACUGCUGGAUUUUUGCUUCAUAAUUAGACUAAGAAUCUCAAGAAAUUAGGAUCUUUGUUCUUUUUCCAUGCUAAGACUUAGAUUUGUGGAUAAACUAUUUUCCAAAAGCAAGUAUUAUAGGCUCCCAGUCCAUUAUACAUACUCCCGGAGGAAGAAUUGCAAACAUAAUCUAGGGUAGUCACAUGGCUGUCAUAUAAUUAGAGACUUUAUGUAGAUAGGGCCAUCAGGCUGGUGCGCUAUGUGUGGUCUGGGAUGCUUACUAUGUAAUUCUGUUAGACUGUUAUCAUAAUUAGGGAACAUCCAAAGACAUGGCAGUUUUUGGCAAAGGCGGGUGCGCUAUGUGUGGUCGGGGAGAGUUCUUGGGCUUCUCAAACGCGGGAUAGGGCUGUAAUCUGUUCUUCUUUCAGUUAAGAUAGUGGAUACCAUUAUGGCUGUGCUCUUUUCAUACUACAUGCCCAUGAUAUGCAUUGUUUGGAGAUAUCUUUUUUUCUUUCUUGGAUGUCUACAAAGUCUCUUUUUCCAUUUCUCAUUGUCCAAAGGUU